AUGGCGGCGGAGCGGCAGGGAGCCGGCGGCGGGCGCGGCGGGGCGGGAGGCGGUGGAGCGGGAGGAGGCGGCGGCGGCGCGGAGGAGAACAAGGAGAACAAAGAGAAUGAGAGACCGGCGGGGCAGCAGGCCGGUAGCCUCGGCGACAGCCUUGGCCUGGAGAUCCUUCAGAUCGUGAAGGAGUCUCAGCAGCAGCAUGGAUUGCGACACGGAGACUUCCAGAGGUACAGGGGUUAUUGCUCCCGGAGGCUAAGGCGGCUCCGAAAAACUCUCAACUUCAAGAUGGGAAACAGGCACAAGUUCACUGGGAAGAAAGUGACUGAAGAGAUUCUCUCAGACAACAGGUACCUGCUGCUGAUCCUGAUGGAUGCAGAGCGAGCCUGGAGUUACGCCAUGCAGCUGAAGCAGGAGGCAAACACGGAGCCUCGCAAGCGCUUCCACCUGCUGUCGCGCCUGCGCAAGGCUGUCAAGCACGCCGAGGAGCUGGAGCGCCUCUGCGAGAGCAACCGCGUGGAUGCCAAAACCAAGCUGGAGGCUCAGGCAUACAUGGCUUACCUCACAGGAAUGCUGCGCUUCGAGCACCAGGAGUGGAAGGCAGCAAUGGAGGCUUUCAACAAAUGCAAGACCAUCUAUGAAAAGCUGGCCAAUGCUUUCACAGAGGAGCAAGCUGUGCUCUAUAACCAGCGUGUGGAGGAGAUCUCACCCAACAUCCGCUACUGUGCCUACAAUAUUGGUGACCAGUCUGCCAUGAAUGAGUUGAUGCAGAUGAGACUGAGAUCUGGUGGCACUGAAGGUCUUCUUGCAGAAAAACUGGAGGCACUCAUCACCCAGACUCGAGCAAAGCAGGCGGCCACCAUGAGCGAGGUGGAGUGGAGAGGAAGAACUGUUCCAGUGAAGAUAGACAAAGUGAGGAUCUUCUUGCUGGGGCUGGCUGACAAUGAAGCAGCAAUUGCUCAGGCAGAAAAUGAGGAGACCAAGGAACGUUUGUUUGAGUCUUUACUCAGUGAGUGCAGAGAUGCCAUUCAGGCUGUUAGAGAAGAGCUGAAACCAGACCAGAAGCAGCGGGAACACUCUCUGGAAAAUGACUCUGGGAAGGUGUCCAACAUCCAGUACUUACACAGCUAUUUGACUUACAUCAAGCUGUCGACAGCCAUCAGGCGCAACGAGAGCAUGGCGCAGGCCCUGCAGAAGGCUCUGCUGCAGCCGCAGCGCGCGGAGGAGGACGGCAAACGCACGCCGAGGCCGCAGGACCUCAUCCGCCUCUACGACAUCAUUCUGCAGAACCUUGUGGAACUGACACAACUUCCUGGCCUAGAAGAGGACAAGAUCUUCCAAAAGGAGAUUGGAUUGAAGACACUUGUGUACAAAGCUUACAGGUGUUUCUUCAUUGCUCAGUCCUAUGUCCUGGUAAAGAAAUGGAGUGAGGCUCUUGUUCUGUACGAGAGAGUGCUGAAAUAUGCCAGAGAAGUCCAGUCAGGAGCUGGAGCUCACACCAACAGCUUGAAGGAGCUACCUGAUGUUCAGGAUCUGAUCACUCAAGUCAAUGCAGAGAAAUACUCCUUGCAAGCAGCAGCUAUAUUAGAUGCAAAUGAUGCUCAUGAGGCUGAAUCUCCAUCUCAGGUCAAGGAUGGCAAGCCACUCUCAGAACGGUUUGAGACCUUCUGUCUGGAUCCUUCUCUUGUCAGCAAGCAAGUCAGCCUUGUGCACUUCCCUCCAGGCUUCCAGCCCAUCCCAUGCAAGCCCUUGUUCUUUGACCUGGCCCUCAACCAUGUUGCUUUCCCACCUCUGGAGGACAAGGUGGAGCAGAAAGCCAAGAGUGGCCUCACAGGAUAUAUAAAGGGCAUUUUUGGAUUCAAAAGUUAGCCAGGACCCACCCCCUGAGGAAGAGAGGUUUCAUUCUGUAUUGAAGAAAAAAAGCUCCAAGAUGUUCUAGGACACAAAUAUCUGCACCUGAAACUUGACAGAGGGAAGUUUUACCAUCACCUUCCCUGUGUUUGUGUGUGUGUCUGUGCACUUCCAUUCUCUCCCAGUGUAUUAAAGACAACCUGUUCAGAAACACCCAUGCACUCUAGGUAGCUGAAAAUAAUCUGGAGCACAGAAAUUUCGUUCUGCUUGGAGAACUUGGAGCUUGCUUUGUGACCAGGGCCAGUAGACAUCUGCUUACCAUGGGCCAGGGCACAGUUAUGAUUUGAUUCCUCCCUCUGCCUCAGUUUUUGACACUCUAAUUGGGUAUUUUUAGGCUAGAAAUUUGGGUGUGAUGGGGAAACAGAGGCAAAAGUAGAUGCAGAAAGGGGAGGCUGCCUCCAUGAAGGCUAUAAAGCCAAGGGGACAACUUCUCCUUCCAUUUGCCUCCCAGAAGUGUGUGCUUUGAAAACAUUCAGAAAUGACAAAAUUGAGCCUCUUUCCUUAUCCCUAAGGAUGCCAAAUACCUUACCAAACGCUGGUGGUUCCCCCAGUUGUGGUGGAGGGUAACCUGAAUUUGUACUCUGGGCCAGCAGGAUCCUUCUUUCUUGGUACCUGUUUUGUGAAGUACCUAAAUGCAGCAUAGAACCUACUCCUGCAGGGCUUCUCCUGGGAAACUGCCUUCAUGGGUGGCUUUAGAAGUAGCUACUUGCUCUUCAUGGGAAGUUGGGUCUCUCUGUGUUUGUUUUGUGUCUGAUCUAAACCUUUCCUAAAAUCAAGAUGAUGUUUUUCUGGAGUUGAUCUGUUGUUUUGUUUGUGUUUUGUUUUGGUUAUUACUUUUUUUUUCCCCUCCCUCCUCUUCUUUGGUCAGUAAAUAGACCUGAAAUGAGUAAGCAGCAGAGAAGACCAGGUGGGUCUUGAGUGAUAGAUCUUCUCUGCCAUGUCAGCCAGCACCCAGGUGCUGCGGAGAAGGGCACUUGCAAACUGAGGGUGAUUUCAUCAUCGUGAUCAUUCAAACAGGAAGGAGCCCCGCAGCACGUGGCUAGA